CACAUACCUUGACUCUAGGGGUCUAAAGACACAAAAUAAAGUCAGAAAUCUUGGUGUAAUUUUAGAGUCUGACCUUAAUUUCAGUAGUCACGUGAAAGCGAUAAGCAAAUCAGCUUACUACCAUCUCAGAAAUAUUGCCAGAAUUAGCUGUUUUGUCUCAAGACAGGACUUAGAGAAACUUGUUCAUGCUUUCAUCACCAGCAGGGUGGAUUACUGCCAGGCACGGAUUAACGCACGGGCCUACUGGGCACUUGCCCAGGGCACUGGGCCAGCAGGGGGCACUGUCAAAUUUACUGUGUCUAUUCUUUUCAAAUAAAUAUUUUAAUUUUAAUUUUACUUUCAUUAAAAUUGUGUUAAAUAGUGAGGAAUAAUGUACUUUUUUGCAGUUGCAAAGUAUUAAAACUAGUAAAUAAAUCAAAUAAAUAAUUUUAAUGUAUUGCUGCGCUGUUGAGAGGGACAUCUAGAGGCGAGUAAAAACCAUUGCGUCAAUGCGUAAUAUAAAAGUCAUGCGUAGAGAACCGUUACUCAAAACCCAAAACAAAAAUGAGUUUAAAACCACAACCAAGUGGAUCGAUGAAAAGAAAGCACAAAAAGGACAAAGAAACAAGAGAAGCUCAAUUACUAAAAAAGCUACCAACAAUAUCCAGCUUUUUUAAAAACGCAAACACUGUGGACGCUAACAACAACGUUUCUGCUGCUUCAAGUGAAGAUGGCGCUAGCACAACUAACCGUGAUAGGAGUGAUACGGAGUCGCCGGCCUGUGAUUACUUCAACCCACCGGCACUGCGGCUGCCGGCGCCACCAUCGCCCCCGCCACCAUCGCCCCCGCCGCCAUCGCCCCCGCCGCCAUCGCAAUGUCAGGAUGAUCAAACUAAAAGUAAGACGGAUGAUGAUGACCACCUGUUUUGGGAGACAAACAACGACCCCGCAUUGUGGGGAGAUAUAAAAAGGGAUUCGGUGAAAAGUAUUCUUAUUAACAGAGGGGCUGCAGCUUUCCAUAACCGAAGCUCAAAAUAUACUUCUUCUGUAAGGGAUAGCGGUCUGGGUGGAAAGACUCGCUCCCUUACAAAUGAUUUGUUGAACACUCGCUUACCAAACGGCCAGAUUGUGUCACGAGAGUGGCUUUUAUACUCUCCAUCAACGGGACAGGUGUUCUGCUAUUCUUGCAAACUUUUCUCAUCCAAGAGACACGCCUUUACAGAUGGAUUCAGUGACUGGAAGCACCCAGAACGGAUUUCUGAACAUGAGAGGAGCCCAGGCCAUAUGUCCUGUAUGCUAGCCUUAUUACAUAGAUCUAAAAACACUCAAGCGAUUGACUCGGCUCUGGUCAAACAAAUUGCUGGAGAGAGGGAAUACUGGAAAGAGGUACUGAAACGUGUGGUGGCAGUAAUAAAAUUUUUAGCCGAAAGAGGACUGGCUUUCAGGGGGGAGGAUGAACUCCUAGAGGAGUGCUUUAAGUGUGACAGGUGUAUGUCAGUUUUAUAAGCAUGACGUACAACGCAUCAAGAAAAGAAAAACUUUUGCUGACGAGACCACAGAUGGUGAUGCAGGCCUUAGUGGAAAACGUAAGUUUCAAGUGGAC